AAAUAACUCGGGUAACGCACGGACCACCGUUGCCCAAACUCAACCUCCGUCCGCCGCCACCGAAAAGGGUCGCGCCAGGUGUCACGAAACCUGCCCAUUCCGCAAAUUAUCCCAUCAAUUCAGUCAGCGGUCUAAUAUGGCUUUGCCAACUGUGCAUACGCUCGAAGCCUGUGCGGAUUUUCGUCUCACAGUCCUACCGUACUUGUCGCAACUCACAUCGCUUCCGACGAAGUUGAUCGACAGCGGGACCGAUAUCCAAGCGCUUAAACAUGUCUACAUCACUACAAACCCUUUCAUCACAGCCAUCGCUUUCGCGCUGUUUCUUGCACCAGUAUUCCUAAUAAUAUCAGAAGUGACCAGGAAUUAUUCUCAAGUUGACCGUUGCUGGAGCAUCCUUCCCAUCGUUUACAACGCUCAUUACUCCGUAUGGUCUCGUUUGAAUGGACUGCCAACUGGGAUAAUUGACACGAUUUGUGGAAUCACCAUCAUUUGGGGUGUUCGACUUACUUUUAACUACUGGAGAAAAGGCGGCUACAGCGUCGGUUCAGAAGACUACCGAUGGGCAAUAUUGCGGAACAAAAUAAACAACCCUUUUCUGUUUUUCUUAUUCAACCUUACUUUCAUAUCUCUCGUGCAACCGGUUUUAUUAGCCCUCAUCACCGCUCCGACGUACCUGUUCGUCCUACUCAGCAGUACCCCCGAAGGGUCCGGACGCGGCGUCUCCGACUCUGUCUUCUCCCGGGUUAUCCUCCUCUUCAUCUUCAUCGAGGCACUCGCAGAUCAACAACAAUGGCGGUUUCAGAAAGCCAAGAAGGAGUACAAUGAAAUCGCUCGCGUCCCACCGCAAUAUAAGGGGAUUUACACAAGCAAUGACCUGAGCCGUGGCUUUGUGGUUUCGGGCCUCUGGGCCUGGUGUCGACACCCGAAUUUCACCGCUGAACAGGGCAUUUGGCUAGCAUUUUACCAGUGGUCGUGUGUCAAAACUGACCAAGUGUACAAUUGGUCGGGUAUUGGAGCUCUGUGCUAUGUCGCCCUCUUCCAGGGAAGCACGUAUCUUACGGAAAAGAUUACCGCGUCGAAAUACCCGGAUUAUAGGCAAUAUCAACUGCGUGUGAGGAAGUUCAUUCCACGAUUAGAUGUCGAGCCGCGGGGGGGAAUGCCGGAAGACCAUGCUACGGCGGAGGUCCCCAAUGAACCAGAGAAACCACAGCCAUCGAAAUCGAAACCAACUAAGAAGAAGGCGAAGUGAUCCCCUUGUCUGCCAUCACUGGAAGUUUCCGCCAAACCAUUGAUCUCUGGUACUCUAUUUACCAUUGUAGUACAUGUGCUUAAGGUCUUCCGUAUCAUAUUUAUACGUUUCCAGAUACCCUGACUCAAUCUAAAAUCAACUCAUACUGCCCCCUAUGUCCAUCCAAUUAAUCUUCGCUACCAUAUUUCGUUGACCGGUGGCAUUAUUGGGCCUGAUAGAACAACAGCACCAAUAAUUCCAGAGAUGCACUCCAGCAUGGCGCAACUCUCACUUGGGAAAAUGUCUUGAGAACCUACUACUCGAAAUCAUAGUGUAUAAUAUUUUUUUUGAUUCAAUUAUUGAUAAUUUUUUAUUCUUUCUAUUUUGAUCUUCAGCUUUCCUCGUUUUCUUUUUCAACAUUUGACAUACCUCAUUCAUGCCCUGUUUAUAAGCAAAUGAGCGGAUAAAGGUGGAGCUUUGGUAUACAAGAGAAGAAAUAAAGUUACAAAAUUAUAAAUCAGGGUGUGGAGAUUUCAAAGCGGAGACGAUGUCUGGGCUGUCGGGUUGCAGUCAGGCAGGGAAGUAGAGGGUAUGCCAAUGAUAGAAUAGAAAAACAUAUAAGAGUGCAACGCGUGAACACCUAGACACUUGAUCCAUCUGAAAUAUAAUAAAUAAAGUACAGACCAAAGGAGAAUGAAAGGGAAAGGGAACAGAUUAACAUAGGAAAAGGACAUGUCAAGAAUGCACCAGGUGGAGAAAAGAAAAGAGAUAUGUGAACUUAUAUACUUCAGUUUCUAAACAGAUGAGUGAAAUAUUGAAAUAGAACACCACCAUUUUCCUUUAUGCUGGACUUGACGACGCAGGGCCUUCCUUAUCAUCUAAUUGACUUGUGUCUGAUUUUUCCG